UAUUAUUUAGUAGUUGAGCUAUCCAUUUAACCAAAUUUUGUAAAUCAGUAUCAAACGCUUGGAGAAGACAAUACUCUCCAACACCAACCAAAAAGAAAAAGAAAAAGAAGAAAAAAAAAAGCUUUCCCAGCUCCUCUAAUAUAUACAGCCUUCUCAACACACAAAACAAGGGAAGAUCCCCAUUWCAUUCAGAUUUUACCCUUUUCAACACAGAAACUCAAGAAUUGAAUUGAAAUGGGGAAGACAAGCAACAUCAUCAGAACAUCAAUCUUCAGUUUCCUGCAGAGAUAUCAGUACUUCACCUCUAUCUCAGCAUUCUUUGCAUUCCCCUUCUCAGCUUCCCUUCUUCUCUCACAGACUUUUGUUUUCACUUCUUCCAUUUCUCUUCUUCCAAACAUAUACCAUCGCUUGAACAUUCUUUUUGAUGCUGCAGGAGUCCCUCCUUCCUUGGAAUUCUUCUCCAUUUUCACUCAGAAGCUUUCCCAAACAAUGUUUUCUUCCAUCUUCACUCUUCCCUUAACUCUUACCUUCCUGCUUGUUGCAAAAGCCUCUGUACUUCAAGCUUUCAAGGACUCCAAACCAGGCUCCCACCCCUCAUUCUCCUCUAUCAGAUCCCUUUACAACCCACUUCUCCUCACCCACAUUUGCAACUCACUCCUCAUACUCUCAGCAAAUGCAACAGUUUUUUCCAUCCUUUUCUUUGCUUUCAAUUGCCUUGAAGGAUUUGGGUUUUCUUCUUCCACCAGCUUUCUCUUGCUCUCAUCAGCUGGAGCUGUCCUGUAUUCCGUAGUUCUUGCAAAUACCAUGGUUAUCUGCAACCUAGCAUUGGUUUUAUCAGGCAUGGAAAAGCUUGGAGGUUACCUGGCAAUACUAAAGGCUUGUGUCCUGAUAAGAGGAAGAACUUCCACAGCAUUACUUCUGGCUCUGCCUACGAACCUGGCCAUGGCUGCAAUUGAAGCCUUGUUCCAGUACCGAGUCGUGAGAGCUUAUCUUCUUGUUGGAAGGCCAAGUUUUUCCAUGCUUUCAGAAGGGAUUAUCAUUGCAUAUCUGUACUCCAUCUUCGUCGUCCUCGACACGACAGUGAGCUGUCUGUUCUUCAAGAGCUGUAAGACAGUUUACUGGGUGGAUCUGGAAGGAAGACAAGUUCAUCAAAUAGACUUUGCAGAAGUAGACAAUGGUGCUUGUGUCGUCGAUUCAAAGGUUUUACAGGAUCAGCAUUUGACAAUACGUGGAUAAUCCACACAACACGAUCAUCUGCAGGAAAAGUACAUAGAAUUCAAUUGAAGAACAAUAACAAGAACUUGUGGAAUUCAUUUCCGUUUGUUGAAAGAAACCAAGCAAUUUUUUCUUUUUCAAACAGAUCAGCACCCACAGUGGAAACAAAGAUCCAGGAGCAGAAACCAUGUGAAAAAUUUGUAACUGUUCCUAGAGUUCUCUCUCUGUUUUAAUUUCAUCCAUCGUCUUUUAUUUAUUUCUGUUCGCAUUGUAGAUAAACCGACAGUUACAUUUUGGUAGGAUACAUACAGACCUCCAUUUGUCAGCUUUCUUGAGAAAUAAAAUUCAAUAGCUUGCUUCAAAA